AUGGCGACACCUUCUCCCUCCACCUCGCGCUCCCCCAGGUUGUCGAACACCACCGUUCGGCGGUACGUUUACUUUCGGAGGUCGAAGGGUAUUCCAGCCCCGUCGUUGUCGCGCCGGCCACCGCGGUGCAACAGGGGCGCGUUGCCCCCUCCUCGCGGUCGCCGAGGCCCCUCUAAGUCUCAAUGCACCCAACUCCACCUCCCUGCACCCUCCAUCGACCGUCUCCUUCGCGCGCAGGCCCACCACGAUGAACGACGGCGCCCCGGUCGUCACACCGGCCUCCACCCUCCGCCUCGCGCUCCCCCAGGCCGUCGAACGCAAACGUUCGGCGGCACGUUUAUUUUCGGAGGUCGAAGGGCAUGCCAGUCUCAUUAUUGUCGCGCCGGCCAAUGCGAUGCAACAGCGACGCGCUGCCCCCUCCUCGCGGUUGUCUCGGCCCCUCGAAGGCUCACCACACCCCACCCCACCUUCCCGCAGCCUCCCUCGGCCCUUGUCGACAUGCUUAGGCAGACCACGGUGAACGACGGCACCGCAGUGGUCGCGUCGGCCACCGCGGAGGAACGACUGCGCCGACCUCCCUGCUGGCGUUCUCCAGCGCCCGACGCUGGCCCGCGUCACCUCCCAGUGCCCACGCGUAUAUCCAGCAGUGCUCGUGCAGUAGAGUCGACACGCUACAUCGAGCGGGCACGCACAUCCGCCGCCCCGCUCCUCUCCAACUCCGCGGACCCACUCCUCUCGCACACCCCCGUCCCACUCCUAUCGAACGCCGCGGUCCCACUCCCCUCGAACGCCCCCGUCCCUUUCCCCUCGAACACCGCGAUGUCCGCACAAGGUACCUCGGUCCUCGUCCGCAGCCACAGAUGCAGAACGCGCAGCAACAACGGCUCGGGAUCGUGCGUCGACGGGCACGCAUGUCCGCCGACCCUGUCCCCUCGAACCUUGCCGUUCGAGUCCCCUCGAAUCCCGCCAUCCCACUCCUCUCGAACCUGCGAUCCCACUCCUCUUGAACGGCGCCAUCCGACUCCCCUCGAACAGCGCCUUUUACGCACAAUGCACCGCAGUCCUUGUCUGCGCAUCCCACUCUUCUCGAACCCCCCGGUCCGAACCCUCUCAAACCCCGCCGUCCGACUCCCCUCGAACCUCGCCUUCCCAUUCCCCUCGAAUGCCGCCAUCCCAGUCCCUUCGAACGCCGCGAUCUCCUCACAACGCACCGUGGUCAUGGUCCGCGCGAUCCAGCGGGAAACGCGGAACGCGGAGCAACAGCGCAUGCUAGGUCGACGCGCACGCACGCCCGCCGCCAAGCUCCUCUCGACCCCCCCGGUCCCACUCCUCUCCAACGCCGCCUUCUGA